AUGAACAUUUAUGAUUAUGGAGUCAUAGAAAAUUUUAAUAAAUAUAAUAAAAUAAUAGAAAAAUUCAAAUUUAUUGAUCAUAACCAUGAUUUUUCAAGUAAAUGUAAGAAUAUUCUUGAUAAGUUUCCAAAAGAAAUUGGAUUUGGUUAUAUGGAAAUGUGCUUUAAAGCGAUAUCAUAUUUAGAUUAUAUAAAUAGGAGUGGAGAAGGAAUAUCUACUGAACCUGUUUGUAAAUACUUAUAUUUUUGGAUAUAUCAUUAUUUUAAAAAAAAUUCUCAUACUAUGCAUUCAAAAAACUUUUAUAAAGAAGUUCUUAAUGAAGACAGUUAUAGUAUUAUAUUUAGAACAUGCUUUAAUUAUUCGGAAACCAUUCCAGAAAAUGAACUGGAAAAUAUGAAAUAUAUAUAUGAUAUGAAAAAUAAGAUUAAUGAUAUAAAAACGUCUACUUUUACAUCUUGCUCUGGGAAUAAAUGCUUAUGUGCUCAAGAAUAUGCAGACAUAUAUUUGAACUCAAUGAAAGUUUGUGGAAUAAAUUAUAACUCUGAUUUUUGUAAUGAAAUAAAAAACAUUAGAAAUGAAUUUCUUGAAUUAGAAUUACCCAAUAAUUGUCCAGUUCAUAUUCCAGAAAUAAUAUAUUCCUUGCAUAGAACUAAAAUACAAGUCCCUAUAAUAGUCACAUUUUUGGUAAUAUUCGUAAUAUGUAUGAUCAUAUUUAUUGUUUGUAAGUUCACCCCAUAUUCUUCCUGGUUUCAUGGUGCAAUAAAAAUUGUAAAAAAUAAGUUGAAAAAUAUACAUGAAGAAAAGAAUAUAGUGCAGAAUUAUGAAAGAUAUAACAUAGAUUUAGGCUAUAGAAGAUAUUCUGUAUUAUAUUAUUCUUCCUAA